CAGUCCAGCCUCGGGGCGGCUCUUAGGUCCUCGGUGGGGCUAUUUUCCCAUUUUUUUCCAGGUUAAUGGAGCGCUUCCUCGUGGAUGGGUUGUAUCCUUUGACGGGCCGCAACUCACAGAAAUUCCAGUCCGGGACAGGCCGCCGUUGUUCGCCGCCUCCUUUCCUUGACCCCGGCCCCCAGCAAGCCGCAGCAGCUCUCUACCUUUGCCCUGACCCUCUACAAGUACACGGCCACUGUGGACGGCAAGACGAUCCUCGUGGACUUCUGGGACACAGCUGGGCAGGAGCGUUUCCAGAGCAUGCACGCGUCCUACUAUCACAAGGCCCACGCUUGCAUCAUGGUCUUUGACGUCCAGAGGAAGGUCACCUACAAGAACCUGAGCAACUGGUAUAAGGAGCUGCGUGAGUUCCGGCCCCAAAUACCCUGCAUCGUGGUGGCCAACAAAAUUGAUGCCGAUGUGAAGGCAACUCAGAAAAGCUUCAACUUCCCGCGGAAGCUCAACCUGCCUCUCUACUUUGUGUCUGCGGCAGAUGGCACCAACGUUGUGAAGCUCUUCAGUGACGCGAUCAAGCUGGCCGUGGCCUACAAGCGGAAUUCGGAGGAUUUUAUGGAUGAAGUCCUAAAGGAGCUGGAAAAUUUUGAACUAGAGACGAAGGAGGAGGAUUCGCCCGCAGAGGAGACCAGCCAAGGGGAGCCCGUCUGCCUGAGCCCCGGGAACGGUUAACUGUGGGCCAUCGUCACCUGCACAGAGACGACUGGUAGCAGUACCUGCUCGGUGGAGGCCACUGGGAACUUCUGAGAAGGCAGCCGGGUGGAGAUCAGCUCUGCUGCCCUGGGAGGAUGCAGCGGGAUGGCCAAGUAGUAGCUUUCUACCCCAGAGAAAGGGGGCUGCUGGGUCUGGUAGGACUUGGGCUUAUGAAUGCCCCGUUUCACUUCUAGGAGGACCCUCGGUAUAUGUUGUUGUUGAAACGAUUCCCCCUUGAGGAAUAAAUAUUUAAAUUCUUGAAACCAG